UUCCACUUCUUGUUAUUUAACACACUAAUGCAGUUCAUCUGGAGACACCACCUUCAAGCAUCCCCAAACAAAUGAAGAACCAUAGUCUUCCAUGGUUUGUUCUUCCCCUUAUCCUUUUCAUCAUCCUCAAUCAUUCUCAUGCAAAGCAAACAGAAUCCAUAUCCUAUGACCUCAGAUUUGACCAAUUAAUAAACAAACUAUAUCAAUGGAGGAAUCACCAAACACAGUCCCAAGAAGCCCAGCUGAAAUUAUCAACCCCUGUUGUUCUGGCAGGAGUUCUUUGCUUCAUAGCUGCCUCUAUAUCUAGUGCAGGAGGGAUUGGUGGUGGUGGGCUUUUCAUACCCAUACUGACUAUAGUGGCAGGCGUAGACCUCAAGACAGCCUCAAGUUUCUCAGCUUUCAUGGUCACAGGUGGGUCAGUUGCAAAUGUUAUGUGCAACUUGUGCACCACCAGUUCCAAGUUUGGUGGCAAGAUUUUGAUUGACUUUGAUAUAGCACUGCUUUCAGAGCCAUGUAUGUUAUUAGGAGUGAGUAUAGGUGUGAUUUGCAACCUCGUGUUCCCAGAAUGGCUUAUUACUAUGCUUUUUGCUGCUUUUCUUGCUUGGUCCACCUCAAAGACCUGUAAAAAUGGCGUUUUGCAUUGGAAAAUGGAGUCUGAAGAGCUGAGGAGAAAUGAGUGUGAAAAAUUAGAAAACGGGUUGGUUAAAGAUGGGACUUUUGAUGAAAGCGAAGGGAUCAAAACUGCAAAAGAACCUCUUUUGGGUGUGAAAGGAGGCUGCAAAUUGAGGUUUCCAAGGAUGAAAAUGGGGGUCUUGGUUCUGGUCUGGUUUUCCUUCUUUGGUCUCUAUCUUCUUCGUGGCGAUCGGCAUGGUCAGGGUAUGAUUCAAAUAGAACCUUGUGGAGCAGCUUACUGGAUUAUCUCAUCAUUCCAAAUUCCUUUGGCCGUGAUUUUCACCUCUUGGAUCCUCUGCAAGAAGGAAAGAGUUAAAAGUCAGGGUUCGGACCAUGAGGUGCUUGAAAAAAAAGACGAAGAAGGACUGAUUAGAGAUGGACCAUCAAGAAAACUUCUCUUCCCACGAAUGGCAUUAUUAGCAGGGAUUUUGGGAGGUGUCUUUGGAAUUGGAGGUGGAAUGCUCAUAAGCCCACUUCUUCUUCAGGUUGGAAUAGCACCCGAGAUAACAGCGGCGACUUGUUCUUUCAUGGUUUUCUUCUCAUCUACCAUGUCGGCAUUGCAGUAUGUAAUGUUAGGAAUGGAAGAUACGCACACUGCCCUUAUCUUUGCUGUCAUCUGUUUCGCCGCUUCACUUCUCGGAUUGGGGGUGGUGCAGAGCGCAGUUCGUCAAUAUGGUAGGGCAUCUCUCAUCGUGUUCUCAGUCAGCAUUGUGAUGGCUUUGAGUACCGUUCUGAUGACGAGCUUUGGAGCUCUUGAUGUUUGGAGGAACUAUGUGUCUGGGAAAUACAUGGGGUUCAAAUUACCCUGUUAAGAACAAUGUUAUCAAUAGGUUCGUUAAUGAAGUGCUCCAGUUAGGUACUAGGAACUGUGUUUUCAGAUGAAGAUCUGUAAGAACCGAGAAAACAACAUGCGGUGUGGAACAGAGACAGCUACUACUAAAUGGAAAAAAUCAUGCACUUUUGGUCUGGUCC